GUAAUGCCAUUCUCAACGGCAUGUUCUACACCACUUUCGAAUUUUGAAGCUGGUCAGAAUUAUAAAGAUGUUAUCGAUCCCGCAGUGGUAGUUGGUUUCUCAUUAGAUGAUGAUUCAUCAGUACAGCUGGUUGCCUGGACUACUACACCAUGGACUUUAGUCAGUAAUUUAAGUUUAGCCGUUCAUCCAGACAUGGUUUAUGUUACGGUUGAAGACAAAAAAAAGAAAAAAAAGUACAUCUUAAUGGAAGAAAGAAUAUGUGAACUUUACAAAAAAGAAGACGACUAUGAGGUUCUGGAUCGAUUUGAAGGAAAGGUAUUGGAAGGCAAAACGUAUCAGCCUCUUUUUCCAUAUUUCGCAGAAUUGAAAUCCAAAAUUGGUGCAUUUCGAGUUCUUCUCGCUACAUAUAUUACUAGUGAUCAGGGUACUGGUGUAGUGCAUCAAGCUCCUUACUUUGGUGAGGCGGAUUUUGAAACGUGUUUAAAAAAUGGUAUUAUAACUCGUGACAUGAAGUUGGUGUGUCCAGUCGAUGAAUGCGGUUGUUUUACAAGUGAUGUACCUGAUUUCUCUGGACAGUAUGUAAAAGAUGCUGAUAAGAAUAUUUGCCUCUAUUUAAAGUCCCAAGGAAACCUCAUAAAGUCUAGUGAAGUGAAACACAGUUAUCCUUAUUGUUGGCGAUCAGAUACACCGUUACUUUACAUGGCAGUACCAUCCUGGUUCAUUCGUGUAGAGGAGAUCGUACCAAAACUUCUAGUUAAUAAUGAAAAAACUCUUUGGGUACCAUCAUUUGUGAAAGACAAGCGAUUUGGUAAUUGGCUGAAAGAUGCUCGUGAUUGGGCAGUUUCUAGAAAUCGGUUCUGGGGUACGCCAAUAAAUUUAUGGGUUAGCGAUGAUCUGGAAGAAAUCGUUGCACCAGCUUCGAUUGCUGAAUUAGAAAAAUUAUCCGGACAGAAAGUGACAGAUUUGCACAGAGAAAAUAUCGACCAUAUUACUAUACCAUCAGUUACUGGUCGUGGUACGUUGCACCGCGUUACCGAGGUUUUUGAUUGCUGGUUUGAGUCAGGCUCAAUGCCUUAUGCCCAGCAGCAUUAUCCAUUUGAAAACAAAAAGAAAUUUGAAGAAAAUUUUCCGGCUGACUUCAUUGCUGAAGGUAUUGACCAGACACGUGGUUGGUUUUAUACACUUAUGGUUAUUUCAACCGCAUUAUUCGAUCGGCCACCUUAUAAAAAUCUUAUCUGCAAUGGUUUAGUUCUUGCCAGUGAUGGUUCGAAAAUGUCAAAACGAAAGAAAAAUUAUCCUGACCCUUUAGAUGUUGUCGAGAAAUAUGGUGCCGACGCUUUGAGAGUUUAUCUUAUUAAUUCACCUGUUGUUCGUGGAGAAAACUUGCGUUUCCGUGAAGAAGGUGUUAGAGAUGUAUUGAAAGAUGUUUUAUUACCAUGGUACAACGCUUACAGAUUUUUUGUCCAGAAUGUUAAGCUAUACGAAUUAACAAACGGCAAAAAGUUUGUCUUAUUGGAAGAAAAAUCUGAUAAUGUCAUGGAUAAAUGGAUUCUCUCUUUCUCCAACAGUUUGUUGAAUUUUGUCAGAAAUGAAAUGAGCGCUUAUCGGCUUUAUGCAGUUGUCUCGCCUCUUACAAACCAAAAAUAUACUCCUGCAAUGAUGGUUCAUUGUGGUCCUGAAAAGCAUCGUGUUUUAUUACUAGCAGACGGCAAUGUUCUGACGUAUACGAGGUUACUGUAUGAGGUGCGGGCAAUUUUUUCUUUAUGGACAAAGCCAAAAAUACUGUUGUCCCUGGAGCCAUCACCUACAUCAUCCAUUAUAUCAUCAAGCUACAAUUUGCUUGAUUUGGACAGCAAAGAUGUUUAUGUGUUUUUCUAA